UGGGGAAGAGGUUUUGCUUGUGUUUCACCAGGAGAAAAUCAGCUUCCUGUUUGGAUACCCACUAGACAUUUGAAGUUCUACAAUGAACCCAUCGGAGAUGCAAAGGAAAGCGCCUCCACGGAGACGGAAACACCGCAAUCAGGCACCAUUGACUCGCAGGAUAAAUCAAGUGGUGAUAUUAGAAAAACAGAUGAAGUCACCACGCACCAAGAAGGCGGAGCUGCCAACCUGGGCACAGUUAAAGAAGCUGACACUGUUAGCUAGAAAAAGCCUAGCUAGCACAAAGUGUGCCGGACCAGUCGAAGAAUCCUGCGCCAAAAUCGAGAGAACGAACAAGCCUUCAUCGCCAUGGCACAUUUAUAUAGAGGAAAAGGGAGGGAGAAUGUUGCGGGAAGUCAGGGACCUUGAACUGAGGGACUGGCUGAAGCCACAGCAGAAAAGCAUAAAAUAUGAAGAUUUCAUGGACAUUUUAUUAGUUUUCCAAACUUUAUACUUUUGUAAUAUCCUAUGCCUUUACUUUAAUCUCUUAAUCCCAUCAUCUUCUUCGUAAGCUGAGGAGGAUAUAUGUCACCUCAGGAC